CGUUACCGUUGCCGUUGCUGUUUCCGCCUUUCAAAUUCAAAGGCAGAUUCCCCCUUAAACAAAUCACUUUGUUCAUCAUCGACAUCGUCGGAUGGUCCUCUUACUGUAAUGCUCUCUUGUUUUCAACCACCUCUCGGGGUUCUGCUGCGUUGAGAGAGUGCUCUGUUUUAUCUUUUUCGUCCAACGUUCUGUUCAUCAUGUCCAUUUUGAAGCUGCCUCAAAGCACCGCUCGUCGUCUUAAAUCCACCACCGUCGUCCCAUCCCCUCUGUUUCUUGUCAAAGAGCUCGUCGACAAUGCUAUUGACGCCAAUGCCACCAACAUUGAGAUCAGUCUCUCAGCCAACACUGUGGACAAGAUCCAGGUCAGAGACAACGGCCAUGGCAUCAACCCCGAGGACUACGAAGCCCUGGGUCGAAGGUCACAUACAAGUAAGCUUCGGACCUUUGAGGAACUUCAGUCCAAGGGGGGGAAGACACUUGGUUUUCGCGGCGAGGCCUUGGCGAGCAUAAACACCUCCUCGAAGCUUACCAUAACAACGAGAACAACCCAGGAUAAGGCUGCAGCCUUUCUCGUCAUCAAGAAUGAUGUAGGAGGAAUAUCAGACAGCAAAGCCGUAUCGGGUCCCGUGGGGACGACAGUUGAUGUCCUCGAUCUGUUUGCCAGCGUACCAGUCCGAAAACAGCUUGCCAUCAAAGAGAGCAGGAAAGCCUUCAAACAGAUCACGGAAUUACUCCACACAUACGCCCUCACUCGACCACAUAUCAGACUGUCGCUCAAGGUCGUCAAGGACAACAAACUCUCGUGGUCUUAUGCUUCCGGCAAGGGGGCUGAUGUCAGAGAAGCGGUUCUUCAAGUCUUCGGCGCUGCCUUGGUCUCUCAAUGCGUCUAGAAGACGUUCAGUGGGACCACUAGUGCGAUUCCU